GGCAGGCAGGACGCAGCAGCUGGAGGCAGGGAGGAGGGGGUCGACGGAGGCCGGAGGCCGGAGGCCGGCAGUGUGCCCAGGGUCCUUCGCCACCUUCAGGAGCCGAAGCGGAGCCAGACCAUGGCCGGGAAGCCCCUCAGGAAGCACGGGGUGACCGUCCGGCAGCUGGUGGAGGAAGUCCCCGAAGGGUGCAGCCUGCCGGACUUUGAGCAGAAGCCCGUCACCAUGGCGCUGGCCGAGGGGAGAAAUGCCAUCUUCCGGGCGGUGGUCUGCGGGGACCCCAGCCCCGAGGUGCGCUGGGAGUGCAGCAAGGGGGGCCUCAGCAACUCCAGCAAGUACCAGAUCUUGUCCGCGCCCGGCAGCAAGGACCACGCGCUGCAGAUCAACAAGCUGAUCGGCGAGGACACGGACGUGUACCGCUGCAUGGCCGUGAACCCGUACGGGGAGGCCCUGUGCUCGGUGAGGCUCACCGUCAUCGAAGUCGGCUUUCGGAAGAAACGGAAGAGGGAGGAGCCCCAGCUGGACCUCAGGCAGGAGCUGAUGGAUUUGCGGAACAUGCUCAGGACCCCGCCGCCCUCCGUCCGGCAAACCAUAGACCCGCAGCAGGUGUGGCAGCUGCUGCUGACGGCCGACCGCAAGGACUACGAGAGGCUGUGCCUCAAGUACGGCAUCGUGGACUUCCGCGGCAUGCUGCGCAAGCUGGAGAAGCUGCGCAAGGAGCAGGAGGAGAGGAUGGCGCAGUACAUCCACAGCAUCUCCAACAUGACGCAGAUUGAAGUCGACAAGGCCGGGGUGGCGUUCUUCGAUAUGGAGCUGGACCUCAAGGAUCCUAAGAGCAAGAUUUCCCUGUCCAAGGACGGAGAGGCCGUCUCCUUCAGCUCCGACAGCCAGGCCAAGCGCAGUUUGCAGCAGCUGGGGAAGCACUACCACUUCCAGAUCCAGGACCUGUGCCCCGAGGACGCGGGCUUCUACGAGGUCAAGGUGGAGGACGUAGAGGUCUUCUCCACUGCGCUGGAGGCCGAGGACAUCCCGCCCAGCGUGGUGGCCCCGCUGGCCGACGUCCACUGUGCGGAGGGCGGCGACGCCGUCUUCGAAUGCGUCCUCUCCAGCUCCUGCCCUGGCGCCACCUGGCGCUUCCAGCACCGGCCACUGCAGCCCGGCGACAAAUACGAGGUGUCUGUGUCCCCCGACGGCCUGACCCACCAGCUGGUGGUGAAGGCGGCCUGCGUCUCGGACACGGGCCCCUACUCCCUGGACACCGGGCUCCACGCCUCCACCGCCUGGCUGGUGGUUGAAGCCGGGAAGGACAAAGGCCUUCUGCCCCCAGGCGCCGACCACCCAGCUCAGUCUCGCAGAGGUCGCACAGAGGGCAGGUCGGACGUCGGUGGCCAAGGGGAGGACACCACCCGGAGCCCCCGGUCCAGACGCAAGCCCGGCCCUGCCGGCCUCUUCGAGGAAGCCCGAGGUCCCCAGGGCCACUUCCUGCAGAGCCUGGCUGACACGGAGGCUCGGCUGGGGGCGGCGGCCGUGCUGUCCUGCACCCUCCGCCGGGACCUGGGGCCCGGCGCCUGGUUUAAGGAUGGAGUCAAGCUCGGCGCCCAGGAUGGAUUUGACCUGGAGCAGGACGGCCUGGUGCACAGGCUCCUCAUUGCCUGCGUGCAGGAGACUCACGCAGGGAGGUACACCUUCGAAGCCGGCGGCCAGAGGAGCGAGGCCACCCUGACCGUCCGAGACCCCCCGGUCAUUGCUCCGGAAGUGACAGAGAGGCUGAAGGAGCCGCUGGUGGUCAAGGCCGGGAAGCCGCUGACGGUGAAGGUCGCCUUCCAGAGCCGCCUCCCGGUCCAGGCCUCCUGGACCAAGGACGGGGUCGAGCUGGACGGCCCCAGCGGCGGGGAGGCCCAGGCGGCCCCGGGCGACGGCCUCACGCGGCUCUGCCUCCCCAGCGUCAGCAGGAAGGACAGCGGCUGCUACCGCGUGACACUGAGGAGCACAGGAGGCUCCGCGCAGGCCAGCGUCACCGUGCAAGUCAUAGACAAGCCCCGGCCGCCCCAGGGACCCCUGGAGGUGCAGUGCAGCCGGGGCGCCGGGGUCCACCUGCGCUGGCGGCCGCCACGCGACGACGGGGGCCGGGCCGUGGAGCACUACGUGGUGGAGAGGCAGCAGGCGGGCCGCAGCACGUGGGUGAGGCUGGGCGAGCCGUCCGCCGACAGCACCAGCUUCACCGACGCCGGCGUGGAGCAGGGCCGGAAGUACGCCUUCCGCGUGCGGGCCGUGACCUCCGAGGGGCCUGGCGAGGCCCUGGAGUCCGAGGAGGUGCUCGUGGCUCCUGACGCGCUGCCCGGGCCCCCGUCGGCCCCAGCCAUCGUGUCUGCCUCCAGCAAGAGCAUCACUCUGACGUGGACAGCGCCUCGCGGCCCCGGCAGCGCCCACCUCCUGGGCUACCUGGUUGAGAAGCGCAAGAAAGGAAGCAACACGUGGGCAGCCGUGACCGACCAGCCCGUGCCCGAGCGCAGGUGGACGGUGACGGACCUGAGGCCCGACUGCCAGUACGAGUUCCGGGUCACGGCCGUGGCUCCCUCCGGCCCCGGGCAGCCCGGGCCGCCGUCGGAGGCUGUCUUCGCGCGGGACCCCAUGCGACCCCCGGGGCCCGUGCGGGACCUGCACGUCACAGACACGUCGACUACCAGCAUCAGCCUGCGCUGGGCCCAGCCGGAGGCGGAGGACGGGGACGCAGCGCAGGGGUACGUGGUGGAGCUGUGCGCCUGCGGCAGCCUCGAGUGGGCGCCGUGCCACGCGGGCACCGUGCCCGCCACCGCCUACACCGCCAAGGGGCUGCGGCCCCAGGAGGGCUACUUCGUGCGGGUUGUCGCGGUUAACGACGGCGGCCGCAGCCAGCCCGUGAUGCUGGACACGCUCGUGCACGCCAUGCCUGUUUCUGUCUCUCCCAAGUUCCUCCUGGACUCCGGCUUGACGGACUCGCUGGUGGUCAGAGUUGGGGACACCAUUCGCGUGCCCGUCCCUUUUGAGGCCGCCCCCAUGCCGGAGGUGACCUGGCUGAAGGACGGCCUGCUCCUGCCCAAGAGAUACGUGACCUCCACCCAGGACGGCCUCACCCAGCUGCUGGUGCCCGUGGCCAGCCUCGCAGACAGUGGCGCCUACACCGUGGUGCUGAGGGGCCAGCAGGGCGAGGAGGUCACCUACACCUUCUUCCUCAAGGUGGCAGUGAAGCCGAUGGCGCCCGGGCCCAUCAGCCUGAAGGAGAACGUGCCCGGGACGGUGACAGCCGAGUGGGAGCCGUCCCCGAGUGAGGCGCAGGGCGUGCCGCUGCACUACACGGUGCUGACGCGCAGCUCGGGGCAGGCGCCCUGGCGCGAGGCUGCCGGCCGCGUCUACACCCACCGCUUCACCCUCCUGGGCGUCCUCCCCGGGCACGAGUACUACUUCCGAGUGGUGGCCAAGAACGAGCUGGGGGCCAGCGAGCCCUCGGACACCAGCCAGCCCUGGUGCGUCCCGCGGCAGCGAGACACGGUCACCGUGAAGGCCCCCAGCCACCGGGAGCCCAACCUGAGCCAGAAGCCCUCGUUCGCGGUGGGCCUGCGCUCCCACCUGCUGCCGGCCGGCUGCGAGUGCCGCAUGAGCUGCGCCGUGCGCGGCUGGCCGCAGCCCCGCGUCACCUGGUUCAGGAACGGCGAGAGCCUGGAGGGCAGCCGCGCGGUGUACAGCACCGACACGCUGGGCGUGUGCUCCCUGGUCAUCGCCAGCGUCUCUCCCGAGGACAGCGGCCUGUACAAGGCCGUGGCAGAGAACACGCUGGGCCAGGCCGUCAGCACGGCCACCCUCAUUGUCAUAGACUCCAGCUCGUAGCCGGCAGCCCCUGGGAUGGCCCUGCCGGCCACGCAGCCACCGAGGGCGCCGGUGCCCGGAGGCUCCAGCCCGAAGCCCUGGGAUGGCCCUGCCCGCCCACGUGGGCCCGGGAGCCGUCCUCAGGACCAGGGGGCGCUGCCCGGAGCCCCAGGGAGGCAGGUGUGAGGGGUUGCUGCGGGGAGCCCCCCCGGGAAAGCGUGGAGUCCUCGGGGAAGAAAAAGAAGAACCGGGACAUUGGGCCCGGCUCCGCUGAGCAGCGCGCGGCGAACCCCUCCU